AUGGGUGGGCUGUUGCCAUGGCGCCGACAGGUGUUGCUGAUUUGGGUCUUCUUCACUGGCCUCGUUUCUGUGGAAUUAACCGUCGCUUCAUUGCAGGACAAGACGACGCCGGGACAUACGCGAGAGUUGUAUCAAGCGAGACAUCUGUUUUUCGACCCAAGUCAACCCGCCUAUCUGCCUCGAACCAACGAGGACCAUAAGACAUCAACGCUCCUUCGUCCACCCAUACUGGAUCCUCAUGUGAUUCCUUCGUCGAGGAAGUCGACCCAGCAUGACACACCUCUGGAGGCGAAACAGAACCCACCCAGCCCUGACAGCCAGGCGAAGGGAGCGGCGGGUAGACAGGACGGACAAGUUGCAGAGCCCUCUUCGGAGGAGGAGGCUGAAUUUAGCCUCGAUCAGCUUUGGGUGAAUCAUCCGCCUGGGAACAUUCUGGGCGGAUGGAAUCCGGACCCUCCCGAGAGUCAUAGCAAAGUUGUUGUCAUGGUGAUAUGCGUAGACCUGAUGAAGACAUUGAAUUUCAAAUGGUCUCGUCUCUCAAAAGGUUGGCUGUAG